CUCUCCCUAUCCCUAUUUUUUUCAUUCUCUCUCAGAACAUGAGUGAAAACCUGAAGGACUGCUUGAUCCAGACCCACGCUUCCUUAGGGGAGAUGGUGACAAUAAAGACUGAGGCCUGCUCUCCAUGCCGAGACCAGGAGUAUGGGCAACCUUGCUCUGGGAGGGCUGAGUCUCAGUCUAUGGAAGUGGAGCCGAAGAAACUGAAAGGGAAACGGGAUUUGAUUGUGACCAAGAGCUUUCAGCAGGUGGAUUUCUGGUUUUGUGAAGCCUGCCAGGAGUAUUUUGUGGAUGAAUGCCCAAACCAUGGUCCCCCCGUGUUUGUGUCAGACACUCCAGUACCCGUUGGGAUCCCUGACCGGGCAGCACUGACCAUCCCGCCUGGCAUGGAGGUGGUGAAAGAACCCAGCGGGGAGAACGAUGUACGCUGUGUGAAUGAGGUUAUCCCCAAAGGUCACGUCUUUGGGCCGUAUGAGGGACAGAUCUCUAGUCAGGACAAAUCAGCUGGAUUCUUCUCUUGGCUGAUUGUCGAUAAGAACAACCGCUACAAAUCUAUAGAUGGGACAGAUGAAACCAAAGCAAAUUGGAUGAGGUACGUGAUCAUAUCCCGAGAAGAGAGGGAGCAGAACCUGAUGGCCUUUCAGCAUAGUGAGAGGAUUUACUUCCGAGCCUGUCGGGACAUCCGGCCUGGGGAGAGGCUGAGAGUCUGGUACAGUGAGGAUUACAUGAAGCGGUUGCAUAGUAUGUCACAGGAGACCAUCAACAGAAACCUCACAAGAGGAGAUAAAAAAUUGCAGAGAGAAAAGUCAGAAAAAAAUGUGGAAAACCAAGAGGAUAUGAGAGGCCCCCUCCAGCUCACCACUUUAAAGCAAGGGAAGAGCCCAUACAAGCGCAGCUGUGAUGAGGGGGAAUCCCACACCCAGAUGAAGAAAAAGAAGAUAGAUCUCAUCUUCAAAGAUGUUCUGGAGGCUUCGCUAGAGUCAGCAAAGCGGCUAGAGCCCCAGCUAAGUGCAAGCACACCCCUUUCUAUCAGAAAGGCAUCGAAAUACCAGGCCGAAGACGUUUUUGAAAGGUGUGGAGCUGCCAUUCGGCAUAGCUCCCCAAACUUCAGAAGAAAUCAACAUGAAGGUGAAUGGAAGGUUCCCCAUGGUUCAUCUUACAGUGCAGCCAAAGAGAUGGGCCUCCUAGAAGAUGAAGAUGAAGAGCCUCUGUCACUCACGGCAGACAGCCCGACUGAGCUAUCGCUAGCAUCAACUCAAGGCAACUCACAUGAAAUCCCCACAACUUCCUUCUGUCCCAACUGCAUACGGUUGAAGAAGAAGAUCCGAGAGCUGCAGGCUGAGCUAGACAUGUUAAGAUCUGGCAAGUUAUCUGAGCCACCUCUUGUACCCCCUCAGGUACCUGAGCUCCAAGAGUUGUCUGACCCCACAGCUUCUGAAAGCAUCAUCUCUGUUCCCACAAUCAUGGAGGAUGAUGACCAGGAGGUGGACUCUGCUGAUGAAUCAGUUUCCAAUGAUAUGAUGACUGCUACAGAUGAGCCUUCAAAGAUGUCUUCUGCAACUGGCAGGAGGAUUCGACGCUUCAAACAAGAGUGGCUUAAAAAGUUCUGGUUUCUGCGGUACUCCCCCACGUUGAAUGAAAUGUGGUGCCACGUCUGCAGGCAGUACACGGUGCAAUCCUCUCGGACUUCAGCCUUCAUCAUUGGCUCUAAACAGUUCAAAAUACACACUAUAAAGCUUCACAGCCAGAGCAACCUCCACAAGAAGUGCCUGCAGCUCUACAAGCUCAGGAUGCAUCCAGAGAAAACGGAGGAGAUGUGCCGAAAUAUGACCCUGCUCUUCAACACAGCCUAUCACUUGGCUCUGGAAGGCAGGCCUUAUUUUGACUUUCGACCUCUUGCAGAACUACUGAGAAAGUGUGAACUCAAAGUGGUGGAUCAGUACAUGAAUGAGGGAGACUGCCAAAUCUUAAUCCAUCAUAUCGCCCGGUCUCUGCGAGAGGAUCUGGUAGAACGUAUCAGGCAGUCUCCUUUUCUCAGCAUCAUUCUGGAUGGUCAAAGUGACGAUUUGCUUGCUGACACAGUAGCAGUUUACGUUCAGUACACAAGCAGCGAUGGACCUCCAGCAACUGAAUUCCUGUCUCUUCAAGAGCUGGGCUUUUGUACAACAGAUAGUUACCUCCAAGCAUUAGACAGGGCUUUUUCCAGUUUGGGAAUAAGAUUGCAGGAUGAGAAACCAACUAUAGGCUUGGGAGUAGAUGGUGCUAACAUUACUGCCAGCCUGAGAGCCAACUUGUUCAUGACAAUCAGAAAGACUCUGCCUUGGUUGCUUUGCUUGCCCUUUAUGGUACAUAGGCCCCAUCUAGAAAUUUUGGACGCAAUCAGUGGGAAAGAGCUUCCAUGUCUGGAGGAGCUGGAAAACAACUUGAAGCAAUUGCUUAGCUUUUAUCGUUACUCUCCCAGGCUGAUGUGUGAGCUGAGAGUCACUGCUGCCACCCUUUGCGAAGAGACAGAGUUCUUGGGAGACAUCCGAGCAGUGAAAUGGAUCAUAGGGGAACAGAAUGUCCUCAAUGCACUGAUCAAGGAUUACCUUGAAGUUGUGGCCCAUCUCAAAGAUGUCAGUGGUCAGACCCAAAGAGCAGAUGCUUCUGCCAUUGCGUUGGCUCUCUUGCAGUUCCUUAUGGACUACCAGUCAAUUAAAUUGAUCUAUUUCUUGUUGGAUGUGAUUGCUGUGCUUUCACGCCUGGCCUAUAUCUUCCAAGGUGAAUAUCUCCUUGUGUCACAAGUGGAUGACAAAAUAGAGGAGGCUAUCCAGGAGAUCAGUAGGCUGGCAGACUCACCUGGAGAGUACUUGCAGGAAUUUGAAGAGAACUUCCGUGAAAACUUUAAUGGCGUUGCUGUGAAAAACCUGCGGGUGGCUGAGGCCAAAUUCCAGUCAAUCAGAGAAAAGAUCUGCCAGAAGACCCAGGUAAUCCUGGCCCAAAGGUUUGAUUCCCGUAGCCGGACAUUUGUGAAAGCAUGUCAGGUGUUUGAUCUUGCAACUUGGCCCAGAAAUACCGAGGAGCUCAUGAACUAUGGAAAGGAAGAUAUGGUACAAAUAUUUGAGCACCUGGAAGCUGUUCCAUCAUUUUCAAGAGAAGUUUGCAGAGAGGGUAUGGACACCCGAGGGAGUUUGCUGAUGGAAUGGAGAGAACUUAAGGUGGAUUAUUAUACCAAAAAUGGUUUUAAAGACUUAAUCAGUCACAUUUGUAAAUUCAAACAGAGAUUCCCACUUUUAAAUAAAAUAGUUCAGAUCCUCAAAGUCCUUCCCACCUCAACAGCCUGUUGCGAGAAGGGGCGCAAUGCCCUGCAGAGAGUGCGCAAAAACAACCGCUCUCGGCUCACUCUGGAACAACUUAGUGAUCUUUUGACAAUUGCCGUUAAUGGGCCACCCAUUGCCAACUUUGAUGCCAAGAGGGCACUAGAUAGUUGGUUUGAGGAGAAGUCGGGCAAUAGUUAUGCACUGUCUGCAGAAAUGCUGAGCAGAAUGUCCUCCCUUGAUCAGAAGCCGAUGCUGCAGAGCAUGGACCAUGGCUCUGAAUUUUACGCUGAUAUUUAGGAAGGAAUGCCUCCAAUUCCAAAAGCUGUUGAAUAAUUUUUGUAGUCUAUACGCUAAACUUUGAUAUAUUAUAUAAAAUAUAUAUAUUAUAUAUAUAAAACUCACACUGAAAAUUAAAAGUUAAGAUGAUGUGCGUCUGAUAGAAGCUAAAUGGAAUUUUAAGAAAGAGACAAUAUUUGAAAUUUACUGAUGUCUCCAAACAUGGCAGCUGCAGCGUAGGUGGCAACAUUUCAUUUGUCAGAAGCAUGUGCUGGGGCCAUACUCUACAUGUUCAAACCUAACAGUCAAUUUAUAAGCUACAUGACGGGUCUUUGUCAACCUCCUCCUCACGGUUGUUUUUCCUUGUGUGUUUGUGAGUGUGUGAUGGCAUUGGGGGUGGGGAGGUCUCCUGCCUUUCUUGUCAUUUAUCUAGUUUAGUUAAUGAGCCAUUUGAGCCCUUCAUUGAUGGCUGUCUGAUUUCCAACAGAACAACUUGUGCAUGUUUUGGGGGAUCCCUCCCCAGCUCCCCAACUUUACCUUGUUUUCUUGUUUGGAAGUAGAAGCUUUAUUCACUUAUUUACGGUGUGGGGUCCCCCACACACACACACACUUUAAGAACAAAUAUAUCAGCUAAACUGUGAUGCCCCUUUCUCAGUACUCCCCACUGGUGGGCUGUCGAGUAAGGCAAAGUUUUCAGCUCCCCUUGUGAUAACCCCAUUACUGGUCAGACAUAUUUUAACAAUGUUUUGUGUGGACUGUAAGAGAGCAUAAUAGAGAAGACAUGGGGAGGUUUUUUGCAUUUAUAUUUUUUAUAUUGUAGGAGAUAGACUGUACAACUGUUCAUUCAAAACCAGAGCUGCUGUGGAAGUGAGACAGCCUCUCCAUCAGAAGGUGGGGAUUUUGGGGCUGAAAAUUAUAUUCUAAUUUGCAUUAUUUAUACUCUGUCUUCAUAAUCAUAGAUUGUGGUGGUUUUGGUUUUAUUUUUUGAAUGAGUAAGAAAAGCACCUGUUCUAAUUCUGUGGCAGGGUAUAUCAAUGCAAGAUCUCUAUCUUGGGUUAUAAUCAAGUGAUGCUGUCUUUUUUAAAGGUUAUAUAUUCCCUUGUGAGCAAGGUGACAUGUAUCAAAGCAUGGCAGAAUGGCAACAAAAGGAAGAAGAAUACUGUACUUCUUCCUGUGAAAUAUUUUUCCACAGGAAGUCCCACAGAAACCUGGAAGUAGCACUUUCACCUUGAAUCACAAAUUAUAUUUCUUUUAACGGCAUCACACAUUCACACGAUAUCGCUUCAGGUUAGAAAAAAAAAAGGUGCAAAAACUCCCCAGAUGCUAGUGCCUCACCUUGCUGAUGUGACAUGGGUAGUACCAAUCUGACCAGAGCAUCACGGGAGUUGAGACCGUGUUGUCCGGAAAAACCAGGCUGACAUGUUUCCAGUUCCCGGAGUGACACAUCUUGUGCCAACCUGUGGUGUUUGGAAACAUGACUGUGGUGUCAGCAACACUGAACCUUUCCUUUUUACCGCUAACCUCCACCCUUGGUCUUGGUGCUAAGAUAUCUCUAGAACCAUUGCUGCUAGUUGAUAGUUUCAUUUAUAUAUAAAUAUAUAUAUAUAUAUAAAAUUAUUUUAUUUUUAAAACUUUUUUUGUUUUCAAUCAUGAUGUAGCAUGUUUUAAAUCACUCUCUCUUGGAGUCACUUCUACUGCCAGGGUUUUCUCACUGUCUUCCCCAACAAAACACACACUUCUGCCUAGAUCCCACUGCGCUCUUCAAACUAAUCUGUGUUUGACAUCAGCAUGCAGGUCAGGUGGACAUACGUGGCAGAGCCGCUGCAUUCUAGCUCAGCUCCAAAGCCCAAGGGAAAUGGCAGAGCUUGUUUGUCUGACGGGUUUGAAAGUGCAGCCUGUCUACCCGUACAUUGCCCCUUAUGAGGUGUGGUAUGGAUUGGCAUUGGAUGCUGUUUGGAACACUAAUUGUGGUGACUCCCCGUGUUCCUUGCCCUAAUUCUGCUGCACAUACUAUACAGCAAAGAUGUUUAGCUGGUCACUUUUGAAAGGGUUAAAAUAGACGGUGGAGUCUCUGAAUUCAAACAGUGAUAAAUCAGAGCGAAGCAAUACAGUCUGCAGCACUUCUUCCUUUCUGCCCCUGCCAUUCCCCAUUCAGCAUAUGGAAUGAGUGUGCUAGUGCAGAUGUGCAAGUGUGAGCUUCAUAGGUAAUGUUAUGUAGUAUAAAUCCAAAUCACCGUUAAGAACCAGGAACUGGAAUAUUUUCCCCUGGAAUCCCCUUAGAAAUCAGCAAGUGAGUCAGAUCAUGACAUUAUGCCAUAUCAGCACAAGGGAAGGCAAUAUAAUACCUGGCAAAUAAACAAUAGUAAUAAACUGCCUUGCAUCAGGAUGACCUGUCUACCCAAAUGAGCAGAGCUCUAGACCAGAGGCCAGUGGAACUGUACAGACUCAAACAAUUUGGUCAUAAGAAGGGAAGUCCUUGCUAGAGACCCAAUAUAUUCUCAGCCAUUGCUAGUCUGGAAAGUAAAAAAAAAAAAAAAAAAAAAAAAGCCCCAACUGCUUAAUGCAUGAUCACAUACCAUCAGAUCAAUAUCCUCUAGGGGGCUGUUCUGCCCUCUUUCUUAAUUAAAAAGU